UUUUUGACAACACAACUCAUGAAGAUAAGACUCUUGUUGGUUUUGUUGGAAUAUAUUUCAGUUAUUUCCUUGUUCACCUUGGAUCCUGUCUAGCUGUGCUGCAGGGAAAGGAAAAUCAGCAUUUUGGUCCUUAAGAUCUAAAUUAUGUGCGCAUUCAAGUAGAUUCAGUAGAUCCAAUCAACUCAACACUGGUAAUGUUCUUUCCAUGGCAGAGCUCCUGGCUUGUAUUGGGGAGCUUCACUAAAAGAACCCUGUGAUGGCCUGAAGGGUGCUGAUGGUCGAUGGAGCUAAAUCAUUGGUCUUCAUUCUCCGUGGAGAUGGUUUCGUUAUUGGAGCUUGUAGAAAGAAAGUUGAAGGCCAAGUCCAAGAACUUCAUGGACCCUGCUCUGCGGCUGCAUUUUCAUGAUGGAUAACGGGAGGUAAAUAGAAGACGAAAGUUCAACAAUACCUUGAGUUAUAUCACAGAAGCUCAUGGAGUAAGGUUUCUGGAAUUUCUGAACUUGGAUAACAUUGAGUCACUGGCUCUUAAUAUUGUUGCUAAGUCAAUGAAAGAGAAGCUUAGUUCCUUCACUGCGCGUUUCAAGAAGAUAUGCCAUGUUCAAUCUACAUGGUGUGUCCUUAGCUUGAAGCUUAGGGAGGAAAUAAUUACAUCCCUAGAAAUCAAUGAACUAGACUAGAUUUUGGACUGUACUUUAUUUAUUAGUCAACUUAAGUCGGCUUAAGAAAUUACCGAAGUAACAGAGUUACCAUUAUAUUUGUUUAUUCAGCAUGCCUUUGACUAUUGAGACAUGAAAAAAUGAAAGGGGACAGGAAACAUAAACUAUGUAACAUGCAUAUAAAAAUGACUAUGGCCAAGAACAAGAUGACAAAACCUAGUUGCAGCGUACUCUUCAUGCCGGCAACUACUACUCCAAGUAAAAAAUAUAUGUAUUUAAAAAUUAUUUGUGUAACUUUCCUUUGAAGGUUUCUCUGAAAAGGGUAGUUCUACCUGAAAUGGUCUCUCUUGGUGUUUUGGAAAGACUAAAAAGCACUUGUUAGUUGUUACUUGGAUUCUUUCAUAGAGAAUAUGACACCUCUAUCUGUCCCAAUUCCAAGUUGGCUUAUGCACCAAAAGCUAUGGAGAUUCCUUGGUUUUGCUUCAUCCAUAGUUGGAUUACUCUGUUACGCUCUUAGUAGAUCCUUCAACUUUCUAUUCGGAAAAUGGAACUUGGCGAAAAUCUCUAUUUACAUUGUUUUCAGUCUUAUAAUCUGCCUUGCCACUUUCUUUGCCAAGGUAUGGCAACAUUCUGCAAGUCUCCGAUUGAGAGCUCAUAUGACAUUUUUAGUUCUGACCGUUACUUCUGUUUACUCAUUCUUUUUCGAUAAAGCUGCGAUUGGGGAUCCGGAUGCAUAUAGCAUAGUUUCUUCUGCUUCUUUUGCUAUAAUGUGGUUUAGUUUGUCAAGAAAAAUUCAUUGUGGAUUUGAGGUAGACAUGUUAUAUUUCUUUCUGGGAGUUCUCAUAAUACAACUGAUGAAGAUAAGAUUCUUGUUGAGUAUAGUUGCGAUAUGUUUCAGCUAUUUCCUCAUCGUUCUUCGAUCCUCUCUAGAUGCAUCAACAGUCACAGAUAGUGAAUAUUUGGAACUCCAUGACCAAAAUCAUGUGUCAAUUCAAGUGGAAUCUGAUUCACAACAAUCCAACAUUCAUAGAAUCAUCAUGACAAAGCUCAUGGAUUGUGUUGAGGCGCUUCAGAAGAGAAAAGCUGCACUAGUGCAAACCAUUUUUGAGGAAUACAAUAAUGCUACUAAUAACACUAUGUUGGUGACUGAUUACAAUUUCUUGAUUGAUACGCUACCACAGGGAGUUGUAAAUGACCUUCAUGAAGCUGUCAAAUCUGCAGUGGCUGUUGGAUUGGUGAAGGAAUGCUCUGAUGCCUACAUCGAUUGCUGGAGGGAAUUCUUGGAGGAGUGUCUAGCAAUAUUGUUGGAGUUGGACACUGUCAAGAUUGACCACCCUAACACACUACCAACUCCAUAUUUCAUGGUUAAGAGAUGGGCUGAAACUUGCAAUGUUGCAUUCAAAAUACUGUUUCCAUUCGAAAGACGACUCUGCGAUCGUGUCUUCUUUGGGCUACGCUCAGUUUCUGAUGUUUGUUUUGCAAAUAUUUGCCGGGAAUCCACGACUCAGCUGUUAAAUUUUGCUGAUGCCUUUACAAGAGUGAGCUGUUCAUUUGAUCAAAUAUUCAUCAUUGUUCACAUUUUUCCGGCAUUGUGUGACCUGAUUCCACACUUGCAGACAUUGUUUUGUGAUAGCCUCGCUAUGUUCUUGGUGAACGAAGCUAUUACAAUCCAGAACAACUUGAGAGAAGCAAUAGAGGGUUGUUACACGGAGGUGAAGAAUAUGAUUUUCCGUAGUAAGAAGGCUAAGUUUGUUUUUCCCAAUGGCGGAAUUCAUCCAUUAACAAUGGAUGUCCUGGCAUAUGUCGAGUUAUUUUGCGAGCCAUUUUUACAAAAAUAUGUGCAGGGUUCUGAUAGAGCUGGAACAUCGUUUUCAUUCUCUGUGGAGAUGGUUUCUAUGUUGAAGAUUUUAGAGAGAAAACUGAGAACUAAAUCCAAGAACUACAAGGAUCCUGCUUUGUGCUAUUUCUUCAUGAUGAUUAAUAGAAGGUACAUACAAAACUUUGUAAAGCAACGGCAUUUCGUAACCCAUUUGUGCAAUGAUUGGGUCCAAAACAAUACACACAAAGCUGAGGAAAACCUUGAGCUCUAUUACAAAAGCUCAUGGAACAUGGUGGUUGAUUAUCUGAAGCUGUACAACGAUGAGUCUUUGGUGCCUGCUGGUUGGUAA